AUGACGUCUCGAUGCCGCGCAGGCGGUGGCGAGAAUCUUUCCGAGGAAUUGGGGACCGAGGAUGAGGGGACUAACGGGAACAAUUUUGAGCCCCUGAGCGAUUCCUGCGGCGAGAGCGAUAUGGAGGGUCUCGAUCUCUCCCUCUUCGAGCCGCAGGUCGACACCGCUUCCUGGUGCGACAGCCGCAUCCAUGCUGGAACUCUUCAUAUUUUGGUCCAUUACUGUGAAGCCGAAUGCUGCGUCGGUGAGGCUGCCAGCGAGGCAUGCUGGGAACCUUGUUAUUGCGUUCUCCUGCAGGACGAGCAGACCCUCACGGCUUACAGGAGCGAGGACAUGGCGCUAUUCGCCGGGACUGCCUGUAUGUUCAAGUCGCACAACAAGUUGGGCGAUGCGAUGUUCGUUGAGCUGCCACGCGUCCGCCUGGAUGGCGGCGCACGUGCUUUUCGGCAACAUUGGGGCUACGAAACACGACCGUUAGCACCACCGCCACCGCUAAUCGAGGAGGAUGAGGCAGCCAUCGAACCGGAAACUGUCAGUCUUCGGGAAGCUAACACCGCAUCUCCGAUAGCGCCGUUAUUACGACGAGUUUCUACGUUGCCAAGAAGAGGAUCUCAACACAGGCAUACCUUGGAUCCAGAAUUGUCUUCGUUGCGCGAGCAUGAUAACAAUCAUCUUUUCGUGGAGUGUAAGUUAAAGUCCCAGUCUUUGCCAAGAGGUUUUCCACCGCAAAUAGUAAUCCAGCAGAUUGAAGGUAAAACUUAG